AAUUGUUACGAAUUGUUGAUGAUGGUGGAGCGUGUCGAUUCCCUUUCGGAGCUUUUAUUAAUUAAUACCACGUGACGGGUGACGUACACGUAAAUAAACGAAAAGCACACCAAAACAUCAACAAAGAAGUAUCAUGUCAUCGACACAAAAAAUUGAAGACUCAUGGAUAGAACUUAGUGGUGGAGUUACACCACCUGUUGAAGCACAGUCUAUAUACAACGGUAACUUAGAAAAGUUGCUGAUUGAAGCCCAAAGAGAAUCUAGAUCAUCAUCAAGACCUAACAGUAAAGAAUCAUCAGCCAGGGGCAGUCCUAAAGGUCUGCACAGUCCUACAAAUGAAUUAUCAAAUGGUGAAUCUACACAGGAAAAUAGAGACCUAGGUACAGAUUGGAUAUGGGACUGGUCCAGUAGACCUGAAGCCCUACCUCCAAGUGAUUUGGGAGCACGUUUCAAACACCCAAGAAAAUCUGGAUUUAGAAGUUCACAAAUGAUACGAAAAGAAGAUGCUUACAGCUUGAAGUACAUUAUUAUAUCGAAUGCCUGCUCAUUUGUUGUAGGAAUUGGUCUUGCCAGUUUGGGAUUCUAUUUUGUAAUAAAGAGAUAUUGCAGAUGUAGUAACUUAAUGAUCUCAAACUAAUGGAUAAGGACAAGAUUAUGGAACAAAAGUAUUUUUUAUCGGAAGACUUAUUGAAAAUCAUAGUGAUUAUCUCUGAUUUUGUAUAUAAGGGGAGAUAAUAUUGAAGUAGAAUAUUUUUGUAGCAUCUUAAUUUUUACCCCCUCUUACUUACAAAUGUAUGCAUAAGAAAUAAAUGAAGAAUUAUCUCAAUUAUUCAGAUGCUUUUGUUUUCCGAUAAAUGUCUAAAAUAUACAGCAGCAAAUAUUGCAGCCAGCUUCAAGUUGUUUAACUUAUUUUACCAGUAGCUUGAUGUUUUUCAGUUCUAAAAUUGUUAAAUCAACAGUGAAUAAAUAUUAAUCUUUAAAACAUUGGGUUCGGUUAUUUUCUUUUUCUCCCUAUUAGUUUCCAGUUAUUUGCUACCUAUCAGUCAAUCACUAUAUAUUAUACAAAUUUUCUUGAAUAAUAGAUGCUAGUUACAAAAACUUUUAGCUGAUUAUUACAAUUUUAAUGUAUGAAGGCGGCUCCCAGAAGCUAGCAGUUGUAAAGUCAUUUUCAGUUUUAGUUAUCUUUAUUUAUUUACCUGUGAAUAGAACUUUAUUUUUUAACACACGUGUGUUUUAGAUAAUUGAAACUUUCAAGAGCUAUUGAAAAAAAUUGUAAUGAUGAUUGUCUUUUAAAGGAACAUUUUAUUUCUGUUGAAGAAAAAUCUGAAGAAGCUUAUAAAAAAAGAAAAUUGUGACAAAUUAUUAGUAAUAGUUGAUAUAUAUCUAAUGGAAAACUUUAAAGAUGUAGAAUUUAAUGAAUGUAUAUAUGUAUUUUGUUGUAAACUGUAUUUUUUUAAGAUGUUACAUUUGACUGUGCACUAUGUUGACAUUUCUCUUCAUUGUUUUGUUAUCUGAAUGACUGGCAAACUUUUCUCAUAUAAACAGACAAACAUAUAUAUUCAAAAACAGACAGAACAAUAUUGUAUGUUAAACAGCUGAAACCCAAGUCAGGGUGGUGAGGAAUCAGCAUGGCCAGUAAUUGGAUACAGGCUUGUAGUUACUAACUUAAGCAAAUUACCAAAUCAUUCUAAAAAAGUUGUGAUUUUCUAAAACCACACAUUUCAUACAGUAAUUGGUUGUGAAAAUGUCAAAUUUUACAAAUUUCAGUCAGUGUGAAUUAAAUAAUGAAAAUGAUUGUUAAUAUUAAGAGUGUAUCACAGUGCAAUAUGCAAUCAUUAUGAAUGUAUGUAAAAGUUUUCAAAUACCAUAUAUCAUAAGCUGAGUUUUUCACUGGAGGCAAUUUUCCCCUUUAUGAGUAAAAAGUUGAGUUCUUUAAUAUCAGCGAUUUUAUAUAGUAUUUAUAUACAUUGUUUAGAUACAUAGCACAUUUUUAUUUUUUUUAUAUGUUUCUGAGAAAAUAAAAUCUGUAUAUGAAAAAAUAUUAAAAUUAUUUAAAAAAGAUUAUUCAUUGUUAAAACAUUUGUAUAGAACAAUUUAUGAAUAGAUAAACAUCAUGAAUAAUAAUUUAGUUUAGAUUUUGGUCAUUCCGGUGAAGAAAUUUAGGAAAGCUUUUCUAAGUUUCAUUUCAUAUGCAAAAACUCAAAAUUAUGAGUAUUAAAUUUCAUAUUUUUUAUUAUACGUGUACUAUAAUUUUUUUAUUCAUUGUGAAGUCCAGAAAAUCUUGAGGCAAAUCCUAGAUUGCAUAGUUUCGUUUAACACAAAUCUUGAUACCUACACUUUACAAAGUAUAGUUCUCUGGAAAAACAGUUAAAACAAUGUAAAUACACACACCAUGUACAAUGUUCAGAAGCAAACAUUGCAUUUCUUCAUUUCUGAAGCCAGUACAAAUCAAUUUGAUAUUUUCUAACAGUUUAAAUAUAUAUUGUAUUUAUAUGCCUUUCAAAUUGUACUUCCUAAGUCAUAUGGAACUUUUGUUUGUAUAUUUUAUGAAAUAAAGUAAUGAUACAUGUAUUUACAGGAGUUUUAUUCAUUGUUUUAUAAUACAUGUAUUUGAAUACUAUUUUACAUGAUGUUUCCCCUUUCACUUACUGCUAUUGUUGAUUGAACACUAGACACACUUUUUCUAGCAAUGUUCCUAAAUUCAUAAAUAUAUUUUAUUUUGCUCUUUUAUAAUUUUAUUUAAAUUGUUGAUAUAUCUGAACUAUUAUUGGUCCUAAUUGUGACAGAUUUGUUUUCUUGCCUCUCAUUAUUUCAGGAGAAACUAUUUGAAUGAUCAAAUUCAUCAACAUUGCAGUAAAGACAAUAAAUACGUUAGUUGAUUUUGAACUGAAAAAUUAUACAUGUUUGUUAUAUUUAGCAACGGAAUAUUGCUUUGCAUCUUAGCAAGUAUUUUUCUCAAUUUUAUGAGUAUAUCAAAAAGUUAACCCUUUAGCAUAAUUUUGAUUUUGAUUGAACAUUCCUGACAUUCCAUCAGAUUGUAGAUGGAAUUUUCCAGUAUGAUAUGAUUCCAUCAUAAAUCAAAAUGGUGUUCAUUCUAAUCUUGUAAAGUUUUAUAUGGCAAUAGGGUGUUAAACGGGUGGUUCUUCUGAGAAAAUAUUUUCUAUUGGAUAGUGGUUAUGAUAAGUUUCUCUAAAGUAGCAGAUAAGAUGAAUUUUUAAAGGUAAAAAUAAUGGUAGAAAAAAAAACCUGGUUUAAUGAACCAUGACAAGAAUUUGAUGUCUGUAUGACCCAAAGGAUAGUAAAUAUAGGGUGUUAACUGUGAAAGGUAUUACCACUCUUAUACAAAAAUAUAUUUAUGUGGCCCACUCUCCAGUAAAUCCCAUUCUAUGUAGGGAAAUUUGCUUAAAUAUAUGUCAAUUCCUGUGUGUUUUACUUUUGCAUUACUUUAAAUUUGUUCUUCUUGAAGGUUUGCUGAAGCAGAACAAGCUUAUAUGAAUAAUCACAUAAAUCAGAGACAUAUAUGUCUACAUAAAUUUAUGGAUGAAAAUUUGAUAAUUUUCGAAUCCAAUUGUUAUUAAGAAUUUAAUCUAUUAGUGUAACAAAAUAUUAGUGCAGUCCCUGUUGAUUAUUUUAUGAUGUAUAAAAAUUAAUCACAAAUUAGAUUUUACUGUACAAAGUAAGGUUAGGUGUAAAAGAUGGAGACUAGGAGAAUUUUUUGUAGAUUCUUUACCAAAAUUUGUACAAUAUUACUAUGAUUUGAAAUUUCUUUUCCUUUAUAUAUCACAUACCUGUAUAUAUGGUUUAUCCCAGGUAACAAAUUUUGAUUGUUUUUAUCAGAGUACAAUAUUUACUAGUUUUGAAAUAUAAAGUCUGUUAAAAUUUGCAUCAAUAUGUAGGAUAGUUAACAUUGUCAUGUGUUCAUAAAUGUGUAUUUUUGAUCUGGAGCAUUGAUGUGAAAGUUGACUUCCUUUUGAUAAUACUAGUAUUUAACCUACAAAUAAUUAUUUAGUUGAAUAAUCUUUUUAUUAAGCACAUUUGGGUUUAGGAGGUACAUACUAAUAUUAUAAGAAGUAGGAAUGAUGUUGCAUUCAAAAAGUCAAAAACUUUGGAAGCAGUUGAAAUUAUGGAUACCAUUUUUCAUGGUUUGUAGAAAAAUUAAUGAUUUGUGGGUUCUUGAAUGUGAACUUUCACCAUUGGAUCCACCCAUCUAAACAAUGCAUAAAAAAAAAUGUUAAGAAAUUGAAUUUCAAAGUUGGAUCUAAAUCUUAAUAUACUACGGAAAUACAUGUCCAGUUUUGAUGUCCACAAAAUCUAUGAAAAUUGGUUCCAAUUAUUUAUUGCUAAAAGUUUUUCUUGUAUGAUUGUAGAUUUUUUGAACUACACUUAUAGUUUUGGUGAAGGGUUUCAAUGCAAAAAAUUAACUCCAUAUUUUGAAGCUGUAACAAAUAUAUAAAGUGAUAUAUUUGUAUAAUUUUUAUGUUUGAAAGGAAGUGCAAAUUUUCACUCUUGCAAGUUGUGUAAAUAUUGUAUGUUAAGAUUUUGACAGCAUUAUUGUUGAUUGGCGAGUAUGUAAUUGUGAUUUUUAAAAUUAUAUCUGUUGUAUCUUAUUUAAAAUAAUAUGAAAAGAUCUGGAAAAGAGAAUUUUUUGUAAAGAUAAGUAUGUUUCUUUAUAUGGCUUCCACUUUAUCCACCUUUGACCUGUAAAGAUGACAAAGGUUGUAUCUGUACAGAUGGAAGUAUCAUGUAUAAUUAGUGGAAAAAAAUAAAGAUUAAGAAAACUGG